AUGUACCGAAUUAUUGCCUUCUACUCUAUCGUAUACUUGGGCUUUUUGUCAUGGUCGACCGCCGAUGCCUUCCUGGUGGGAGGCCCGGUCAACACCACGAGCGGCACAGUGAGAGGAAAAGCAUCCUCUUUGCGUCCUGAUGUCUCGGAGUAUCUGGGAAUCCCUUAUGCAAAGGCACCCAAGGGCGAUUUGCGCUUUGCUGCUCCUGUGCCUGCCGACAAGUCUCCUACGGUCUUGAAUGCAACGUCUUAUGUGUGUUCCAGCUCCCUCUUCUCAACCCCUCGUUUUCAUCUGGUUCCUAACUCACUGGCCAGUGACUGUCCCUGCAACCGUAUUCCCAUGCGUCAAGCCGCGCUCGGGGGCCCUGUGGGUGAAAAGAUCACACGAGCUCUAUCUCAGGAGGACAGUAUCCUAGACGAGGACUGCCUAACCAUCAACGUCUGGUCCAAGCCCCAGCAAGGCGAACAGAAGAAAGCCGUCUUGUUCUGGAUCUACGGCGGAGGCUUCGCCAUCGGCAGUGCAUCAAGCGCCGUUUACGACGGCUCAAUCCUCGCAGACGAGAACGAUGUCGUCGUCGUCUCAUUCAACUACCGACUGAACAUCUUCGGGUUCUCCGGCGCACCGGGCCAGCCAUGGAACGUGGGCUUGCUGGAUCAACGUCUCGCGCUGGAAUGGACCAGAGACAACAUCGCUCGGUUUGGUGGCGAUCCAGCACGCAUCACUGUCUUCGGCCAGUCGGCCGGCGGCCUCUCCACCGACUUCAUGGCCUACAGCUACCCCGACGACCCGAUUGCGCAUGCACUGAUCGCCCACUCGGGCGUCGCAAGCUCCUCGCUGAGUAUCGCCCCGAAGAAAUCCGACCUCCAGGAGACAUGGUACAACGUCUCGAGCAGCCUCGGCUGCGGCGGUGCCGAAGCAGGCGAACAAACAGUGGCCUGCAUGCGGUCCAAAAGCCAGGACGAACUUCUGGCCGCCAUCGAGCCCCUCACCACAGGCGGCAUGGUCGGCGGCUUCACGCCCGUCGGCGACGGCCAGGUGAUACCCGAAGACAUCGCCGGUGCCGGUGACGCUGGGAACUUUGCCCGGAUCCCGUUCAUGACCGGCAACACCGACAACGAAGCCGGGUUCUUCCUCAUCACCGCGUUGGCCUACACGAACCUCACCGCGGAGCAGGUGGCCGCCAUCCCCAUGAACCUGAUCCGGCCGCUGGGCAACAUCCUAACGCUCGCGGGGUUCACCUGUCCUGCCGCUGAGGCGGCGGGAUACCGCCUCGAGCAUCGCGUGCCGGCCUGGCGGUAUCGGUACUACGGGGGGAACUAUAGCAAUACGUACAUAGUGCCCGUUGGAUCCGCAUAUCAUACGUCUGAGUUGCUUCCGCUGUUCGGUACGGCGCCGACUGUCACCGGCGUGAAGGAUACCUGGUACGAGGCGGAGGCGGCCGCGUAUAUGCGGAACGCGUGGGCGACAUUUGCGAAGAACCCAGCUACCGGGCUCAGCAGUGAGUUCCGGUGGCCGAAGUUCAAUCCUCUGAGUAGGUGGAUCUUCUAUGGUUGA